AUUCGACUCAAGCUUUGGCUAGGUCGUCGCAAUUUAAUCAACUGUGGUUUCAACCCAAAGUUUCAAUAUGAAUAUGUUCUUUUAAAAUAACGAGGUAGCCUGCAAUUUCCAGCCCUUACGUCUCGCGCGGCGAAAACAAGUUCUGAAACUGAACAGAAACGCUUUCUUUGCGGCCCAUUUCUUUGACAGGAUGUGAACCAGUGCAUAUAGGUUCAUCUAUCGUUUGCAAUUAGUUGCAGUAUUUUAUUUCGAAUCCUUUCAAACGAUUUUUACUGGCACUUAGAGAUGGAAACACCAAGAAAACCCACGUUCUUGGUUUUACCAUGGCUACUGUUUUUUCGAUGGGUCAGCGGUCAGCAAUGUGAGUCAUCGUAUUCCAUUUAUGGUUAUGAGGUGAAAGGUCACACAAUCCGCGAAAGCGAGGCUUGGGAUGUCGUGGAUUGCAUGUCACGGUGUCAGUCGGAGUUCUUCUGCCUCAGUAUCGCCUUCCGUAAAACAGACAGGAUGUGUAUGCUGAAAAACGCGGACCGGCACACACAUGUUGCGGACUUCGGAGCGGGGAGUCGUGAAGUUCAAUAUAUGGAAAACAUGGAACCCUACAAUAGAAAUCGCGUCCAGUCAUGCGCAGACCUGAAAUCUGCUCGUGCGUCUGUUCCCAGUGGUUACUACCACUUUAAACUGCCGUCUGGUCGAAGACUCGUGGUCUACUGUGAUAUGAAAGGCUUUGGUGGGGGCUGGACGCUCGUGGUAGGCAUCAGCUCAACCGACAACAACCACCUGCAGCGGUCAAAGCACAACUGCAUGCACGAACAGCUCUGUGUUCCGUUCACUAAUGCCACCAUCACAGCGAGAAAAUUAUCUGAUGCGGACAUCCACCAGCUUGCCAAAACAGAAGGGACUUUCCGAGUUGAUGUUGACUACCGUUACACUGUGUUCUACCGUAUUCCCUCUGGAUCAUCAAACUUUGACUCGUCUUGCAAAGGAUCAAGCUGUCCAAGAAUAAUUGUCUCGUACGAGUACCCUUAUGUGUGGGAGUCCAACUGCAAAGGCGUGUCUCUGGGAUACAAGAUAUCUAACGGCUGCCAUAGAGUGUUUGAUGGUCAUGAUAAUAACGAAUGCGGAGCACCGUGGAUUUCAUCCAAAUACAGCACCAAUCGCGUUCUUUAUGGCUACCCAUGUCCUGGUGAUCCACAACAUAGUACUGGGAUCUACCGAAAUGCCCAAGGGACUUUGUGGGUGCGAUAGUCCGGACGCAAUUGUAGUCUUCAAUAUCGGCACCAGGUUGUGACGUCACCACAGGCCUCCCAACUGUCCAGGUUUCGUUUGGUCACGCACAGUCUGCGAAAUCUUUUCUUUCGAACAAUUUUUUUUAUCGCGAUUGACGAGAAUAUCUAAAAUGGUUGCAAUAGAAAAGCGUGUAGGCAUCGACCUUUUUCCAAAGAGGUGCACCACAAAAGCAGGCGGCUGUUUUAUUGCCUCUGGGUCAGUACUUCAUGUAGUGUUAAUGUGCCGGUUCAUGUUGUCUUUAGAUGACGUACUUACCUCAGUGCGCCUAGGGGAUUGCGCAAGGUGUGCGCAUGUUUCAAUGUAUAUUAAAUGCAUCUAGUAUCAAUGUAUCCCAGUAUUUUUAUCAAAGCAUCAAUAAAACCACCCUCUUGCGCAGAGCUUUCUGCGUCGCUCGUUCCCUUCAACUGACAAUUGCUUAUCAUGCACAUUUAUGAGCAGAAAACAUUCAUAGUCCGGGUGUCAAACGGUAGAAAAAUAGAUAAUUUAAUCUUCUGAGAGGAAAAAGUCUUCGUAAAUAAAAGACACCGGUAAUCGA